UGCGAAUAUCUGCUGUCACCGCAGUCUUUUCGUAUUUGCUAGAACAUCUACUCAGGAAACAAAGAGAAGGAAACGUGACUGGUUACGUAACUCCGCACGGGCCUCGGGGUAAUUCGCAUCAGCCUGUUUUACUGCACCGCCAAUAGGAGGAACAAAGAAACAUAUGGUUAUAAUUUUUUAACAAACAGCUGCCUUUAAAGAUACUGUAGGACCGUGGGCAGGACGUUUUUACGCGCUGACACGAGACAAGGAAGACGUCGAGGGGAAAAGAGAUUUAGGAGGUUGGGAAGAAGUUUAUCCCUGAUCAUGGCCGUAGCACAUCAGUUGCGUUAUCCGUUCAGGGGUCUUCACUGCUGGGAUGAAAACGAGUGCCUCGAUUACUACGGCCUGCUGUCGCUUCAUGAGGUUUUUGAAAUAGUUGGUUCUCAGUUGACUGAGACUGACAUAGAGGUACUUUCAUUUUUUUUAAAUGAAACGUAUACGGUGCAACACCCACUUGAUCCAGCAGGGUGGACAGUGGAGCCGAGCGAGGACGAUCCGGAUGACGCAGGAGUGCAGCCCAGUCCUCAGCUUUUAAACCUGUGGCGACGACUUAACACUAGCUCGUCCCCACAGCCGUUGUUUGCCUCUCAUAAGCCCAAAAGUGGCCUUGAAUUGUUGUUGGAGCUGGAGAAUAGAGGGUACAUCAGUGAGGGAAACCUGGAACCACUGCUACAGCUGCUCCGAGUCCUGACCCGCCAUGACCUGCUCCCCUUUGUGUCUCACAAGAGAAGGAGGACAGUUUCCCCAGAGAGAUUCCGACACUGGCAUGGAGCAGAUCAUAAAGAGCUGAUGUUUUCCUCAGGACUGCCCCAAACCUGCAGAGCAACUGAAAUGCCUCUUUCUUCUUUCACUCAACAGGGGAGAUCAGGUUUGUACUCUCCUGUCCCUGUUGCACCUGCCCAGAAGCGACGGAGAAGGGGGAACGGCUGGUACCGAAAGCCCAAGAAAACUACCAAACCGAGCCAGCCUCCACCUCCUCCGGCCCCAAAGAGCCUCUCCUGUGACGUGCGACUGCGUGUGCGGGCCGAGUACCUGGAGCACGAGUCGGCUCUACGUAACGGCGUGGCCUCGGACAAGCGGCAGCCCCUGGAGCGUCAGUUUGAGCUGUUCAGUCAGGCCAGCUCGGUGCUGAGGUCCAGAAACCUGGGCUCCAUCGUGUGCGACAUCAAGUUCACGGAGCUGGACAACCUGCACGCGUUCUGGACGGACUACCUGAGCGGGGCUUUGCUGGAGGCGCUCAAGGGGGUCUUCAUCACAGACUCGCUGAGGAGCGCGGCGGGGAGCGAGGGCGUGAGGCUGCUCAUCAGCGUGGACCAGGACGACUACGAGGAGGGCUGUCGUGUGCUUAGGGCCGAGAAAGAGCCGCACGCAGAGCCGGAGCAGGGUCAGAAGUCACACACGCGCUGCACUGUGUAGAAACCAGACACACUAACAGGGAAGGAGGUCAAGAAUAAAUAAUGCUGUGGACUUUUGUCAGGCCUGUUUAGACGCCAUUGUUUCAGUCUGUUGAGUAACCACUAGAUGGCAGCACUUACCAUCUCAUUUUGUUAAAGAUGCCUUUCAGUGAGACAAUUUCAGAUGCUCUUUAAUAGCCAUAAAUAAUAAUUUGCUAAUAAUUCAAAUUGUCUAGAUGAUUAAAUUAUUUGCACCGGUGCUUUUUUUGUACAAAAUCACUUUGAAGGGUCAAUGUUUUAUCAUGACAAAAUAUAUUAUUAAUAUAUUUUCAAGUUGUUAGUAUUUGAAUAUCAAGACUAUUAAAAUACAAAAACUAGAUAAAAUACUAACACAUAUUUCUGUUUAAUUUGUAAUAAACAACAUAACCUUAUUAUAAGUUAAUGUAAAGUGCCAGUUUUAAAUAUGAACUGAAAAAAAAAAAAUCUGCCAAAGAAAAGUUCAGAUGUUCGAGAAAUCUGAUUUUGACCAGUACAAAUGGGGUUUUCCAAGAGAAGAUUCGUGUCCAACUUUAAAGUGUAACUCUGGAUCACAAACAUUAGGGGUCUGAGCUCUGUACCAUGAUAACCUGCCUUGUGAUUGCGGUGGUCAGUGGAUACAGCAGUGGCCGGCAGAUGACAGGCGUGAUUAGGGCCAGGCAUCACUAGACCAUGGAAGAUUCAUCAUCACAGCCUUGUCAACAGCUCCGCGGAUAACGCAACCACGGCUGUGUCCGGGCUCCCAGCUAGGCCUCUGCAAGUACUUCUCUCAGCGAGUAAAGCACAGGACGGCGCGGCGGUCAAUAGAAGUGAUGUUGGGGAGAUCAAAAUCAAAAGUGCACAUCCCAGCUCCACUCAGCCCUGCCAUGUAGCCCGGCAGAGUGGCUCACAGACAGCGGUCUACUCACCCUGCUGGAACUAAUGCCUGGACUUCACUCAUCGAGGAGGAUCAAUAAGGCCCAGUGUAAGUCCCCUCAUACAGGCACGACUUAAGCAGCUCUGCCACUGUCUCAGAGCCGGCUGGACCCCACUACCCCAAAUGGACUCCUUUAUUUCAUAUGCUUUUGUAUCUGUUAGUACUGUAUAUUUGUACCUUAACAUUGAAGACUUCAGGGCGACGUUUUUGUUAAAGCAAUUUGUAUUUCUUUUGUGUAAAUAUUAAACAUUGCUGUUGAAAAA